AUGCGAUUGUUCCAAUUGUUCCUCAUGACCACAUCGAUAUCACUAAUGUUGAUCAUGGAAAGCGACGGAACCCCAUUAAUGGCAUUAUUGGAUGGCAGCUUCCUAGGGAGUUUCAAUCGAACGAAUGGAAGUUCUGAACCAGAAGUUAGGAAUACCUCCAAAGCCACUAGGUUAAGUAAAAAGUUAAGAUCAAGAAAGGAACAGGAAGAUAGAAAUAUUGCUGAAGAAGAGGAACGGAAAAAUAUUGAGAGUCUAUGGGAUCCCAUUCUGAAUCAAAGCUAUGACUUUUCCAGCAUUAUGGAUUAUGAUAACACCACUAGUAUAAGUAAAAAGUUAGGAUUGGAAGAUCAAGAAAGUCUGUUUCAUGAAGAAGAACAAAAUCGAACUAGAAAUGUAUGGCAACCCGUUUUCUUAGAGGAUUAUAAUCACCAAAACCAUACGGAAGAAAAUAUCGUAAAUCAAAAUGAAGAUUAUGACAACCGAAACCAGACGGAAAAAGAAGAGAUCGGAGAAAAUGAAUUGGUUUAUGAAAAUAACUCGAAGGAUGCUCAACCCAAAACGAACUUUAAGCUCGAUGAACUCCCUCAAAUUGAAGAAAAUUGGUAUCCGAUAAGUAAUCAAAGUUUCAUUUGCAACAGUACCAACUCUUCAGUGUUUCGAAAUCAAACUUUUGAAGAAAAUAACUUCAAACUACCCUGCCUGUCGCCAAAAACCAUAGAGAACAGAUCACCAAUGGAGAGUUAUAAGAAAAUAAGAAAACGAAUACAGGUCAAAUUAUACAUCAGACCUGUAGUAGAAUAUGGAAGGGAAUAUUACGUUUUCGCAACUAUUCCCAAACUGGGUAAGACCAAUUUCGUGCUCAACAUUACGGUGGAUACCAACGAUUAUUUAAUCAAUGAGAUAUUUACGGCCGUUCAAAUCAAACAUACGGGUUGGGGUCAUACGAAGAACUUGCGGGCCUUACUGGAAAAGUUUGACAUACGCGGCUAUAAACUUCGGUAUAAUCGCUGUUAUUUUUACCGCAGCACAGCCACAUUCUACAAUACAAAAACCCAAUUGCUAAUCGGCAAAGUAAGUUCACUUGUGAACAGGCACAAGCUAUUGACUAGUAAGGCUCGUACGAAAAUUACAGUACGGGGUCCAAAAAAUGUGGACUGCAUACCGUCUUUGAAUUUAGAAUUCUGCAAGAAUCCCGAAGAGCCGGUAGCGAUUUCUCCCUGGGGUCAUUUGGAAUUCUUUGCUACCAUUGGCGAUGAGUGCCGUAUAGUGGAGUAUAAAGAUGUGGAAUGGAAUUACUGUGACAUUAGUGAGAAAAUCCUUUUCGAUCAUGUGGAAGAAGCGAUAGGACUUGUCUACAAGCUAUUGCCGUACAAACUAAACUUCCAUCAAAAUCCAGAUGGAACAAAGGUCUUUUUGCUACGCGUAGAAGCCAAGAUCAAUGACGUCUUUACUGUAGCUCGUUGCUAUGUGACGUACAGAACACCCCAAGUUGAGCCCCAAAUCUUAGGCAAUGAGCUGCGAAAAGUUGACGUUCGAAAACCGGUCUCCAUCGAUGGGUCCAGCAGCAUGGAUAGGAUCAAAAAGUUUGAAUCUGCUGAGACUAAGGAUUUCUUUUGGAGCUGCCGCAGUCUAGACGAUCCUGGUAACAAGUAUUGCACUAAAGAUAUGGCCGUGGUGCCCACCUUUAGGUUACCCGCAAAUGCCCUCAAGCCCGAUUCCCAGUACGACUUCAGUUUGACCGUGGUGUCGCGAAUCAAUCCGGAUAAUCGAUGGACCGCAUCGCAGGUGGUGAGAGGUACUAAGAUCCCAUCCUUUACGCCCCAGAUCCUCUGCCGUCGCAACUGCGCUCUGGGCGUCUAUGCUCCGCUCGACAGCGUUCACUUGAUCCCCAAAUGCGAUGAUUGCCCGAGUAAAGUCAAGAAGAGGUACGAGUGGUGGGUGAAGGCACCUGGGACAGCAGCCCAUCUGGAGUCCCGCCACAAAUACCUGAUUCUUCACCACGCGGAGCGUAUUCUCUCCAUUCGACUCAAGGUCAUUUUGGCAAAUAAAAGAUGGGCGGAGACCUUUUAUACCCUGCGGCGGAACGACGGUCCUCAGAAGGGCAGAUGCGAAAUCUCUCCCUAUUAUGGCCUCCAGAGCGUGACCAUUUUCGAGAUUCAGUGCCUGGGAUUCGAGUCGCCCUACUCCCCACUGACCUUUCGCUACAAGGCGGUCACGGGUGUUAUAGCCUCCAAUGUGCCAUUUAAUAGGUUUAAGGUUACACUGCCCGUCACCAGAUGGGUUAAGAUCUCGAUUUGCGACACCAUCGAUAUGUGUGUGGAGCAUGAGGUAGAUGUGGUAGUUCUUCCGCUAAGUGGCGUCUUCAGAACUCAGGUGGCCGAUGUAAUGGCGGAUGUGCCGCGACUUUUGCUGCAUGGCCAGUGGAACCGGGCCUUUGUGACGAGUCUUGUGGGAGCCAAAUUUAUACAGACCACCAACAAGGGACGUGAGGUCUACGCGUAUGUAAAGAAUAUCCAUUUACACACGGGCUCUCAGCUGGAGCAGCUCACCUCGCUGGCCACGCACAUAUUGCUCCAAUUGACCCCUGUGGAUUACCGAGGGGCCACCCUGAUGGGUGAGAUGUUCGCCCAGCUGAGCGACAUCUUCGAGGAGAUCAUCCAGGAACACGAGUGGCUGCAUCGGGAUGCCUAUCAGUCGCUGACCGCCAUGCAUAUGUUCUUCAUGUCCGUGUUGGGCGUGAAAUCGGAACACCAUUCGGUGGCCAUGUGCAAACCGUACAAUCCAGAGUGCCUGAACCUGCAGAGAAUCGACUUUGAAAAGAACUUUGCCAUCGAGUUCGAUCCCCUGAUUCUGCUGCGCAUCAAUAGCUGGAUGAUGAACACCUGGUAUUUGUACAGGUGCGUCUACUUCAUAGGCGUCAUGGCCACCCAGCGACAUCAUCCCUAUGACGACGCCUUGGCAAUCCAUUCGGGCGGCAUUGCGUACCAGAUAAAUGUAACGGAGGUGACGGACAAUACCAAAGACAUCAUCCUUGAGACAAUCGACAAGAUUCACGUUAUCCAACUAUCCAAAGCGCUACUCCACGAACUGGAAUCGAACCUGAAGAACAGCAUCAUUCUGUUCCAGACCAUCUCGCAGCAGAACCACCACAAUAUCUUCUGGUGGUACCCCGAUCCGUUGCCCUCGAAGACCAGUGUUCUAAUAAUCCACGCCUACAGUCCCGAAAAGUUCUUCACCAACGCCGAGGAGGCCGAACUGAAGAACCCGUUGAUCUACAAGACGAAUAUUAGCCAGUUCAAUGAUGCGUAUUUCACCCAGUGGAUGGCAAAUAGCAGCAUUCGAAAUAGCACGGAGAUCCAUAUUUACAGUCUGAUGCUGAACCACAAGGCCAUGUUGGCAGUGCGAAUUGUGAGCUGUUCGGAGCUGAUGUUGGUCAAGAUGCGGAUGCACAGGUGGCCGACACUGGGCCAGAUUCGCCAGAGGGCCUGUAGGAUAACGCCUGAGAUGGCUGGCAAGCGCAUUUGGUUGGCCAACUCGUGCGAUCGCAGCCGGGCCUAUGUGGCCAUUCACCGACCAGGUGAGACGCGUUUUAAAAAGAAAAAACUAAGGACGGGAAAGAAAAAGAAGGAUGAGAAGAAGCGGUUGAGGAAGGAUACUUACUUCGACGAUUACGAUGGUGAGGAGGAGAUGCCCAAGUCGAGAUAUCUGAACUACACGAUCCUGCUGGAGAUAUAUCAUUGCAACUUCUGGAAGAACCGCUCAUUGGAUCCCGGAUGGAGCGAGGAUUACUGCACCACGACCUUCGAGCAUAGUUUUGGGACUUCGGUUCAGUGCACUUGCCACACUCUGGGCACACUGUCUUCUAGGAUUUUUCCCAUCUCAGCGGAAUUGUUUGUGGAGCACAUACCCCUGCCUAUAUUAGCAUACAACAUGAUCAUGCUGUUCUUAUUCAUGAUGCUCUUUUUUUUGGCCAUCCUGAAGUGGAUCUUCAAUGUCGACAUCAUCACUGCCCAUCUGAGGGAACCGAAUAUUCUCCAGUGCGAAAAUGGUAAAUUGGGAAGAGUUAAUAGUGGUGCAUUCAACGAGGGAGCCGAGAUCCUUCUCGUGAUUGUAACCGGAGGUCAGGAAUUUGCGGGGACUUCUUCGAACAUCAAGUUCUACUUCAAGUCGCCCAAUCGUCCGCAGACCUCGUAUCAGAUUACUCAGGAUCCCGGUCACCCGAAGUUACUGAGGAACAGUACGAACAAACUGAUGAUUCCCAGGGGAAAUAUCUAUAUACCCACCCGUUUGGCCCUGGGCAUCGGGCGGAAUGGGAGGUAUCCCUCCUGGUAUUGUCGCUCCAUCACAGUGGUGGACCUCGAGUUGAAUGUCCAGCAGCUGUUCUUGGUGGAAAGUUGGAUUGUGCGGGGUCACACGAAGUUCAUGCGAUCCAAGUACUUCACGAUGGGCUCCUAUCGCAAGAACCCGAAAUACACGUGGUGCCAGCGACUGCGCCAGCGGAUCGAGCAACUAUAUGUCAGCUGGUUCAUGAUCAGUCCCAUUACGGGACCCUGGCAGAGUAACGUGGGCGGCAUCAUCAUGAAUCGCUUUGAACGCACCUGCGUGUGGAUCUGCAACACGGCCAUCACCUUGACCGUGGUCUCACUGUACUUUGGCAAGUCCACGGUGGAGUCCAUUCAGGAGGAAACCAGGCAGAAUAUCGAGAACGAACUUAAGAUUCCUCUGGUACUGGUCCUGGCCUUUUAUGCCUUUGUCAUUUGUUUACUCAUACAUUUCGUGUUUGAAGUCCUCUUGUUGCGUUGGCUGUGGCCGCAAAAGUAG